CCGCGUCGGCAAAGCUCCGCCAGCAACAAUGGCGUCCGGCUGGAACAAAUCCAUACUCUGCAACUCCAACGCUUUGAAAGACGUUUACCUCCCCAACUCUACCACAUCAUCAAAGAAAUCCGGCACUCCCGCUUUCUCCUGCACCAGCUCAUCCCAAACUCUUCGCGACGUCGUCUUCCUCAUCCCUAAUAAAGUCCCCCCUCCCCCCAAAAAAUCCCGAAGCCCUCAUUCUAAUUUCCCCCAAAACCCUAAACCAAAUCCUAAAUCCAAACCCAAAUCCAAACCCAAGGCAUUAUCCAUCCCGUCGCCACCUCCUUCCCCCGUCUCCCUCCCAACCCUCGUCGAUUUGCCGCCGGGACACUCUUCCCGCCGCGUCGUCGAGCUAAUCUUCGAAUCGAGCUGGUCGCCACGAGGUUCAAUCUCACCUUUCCCCGGCGAGAUUGAGAUGCUCUUCCGCGUCCACCACCCGCCGCGCUCCGUCGCUCGCUUCGAGGACCACCGUUCCGCUGUCCGAUCUCGAUCCGACGAUCCUCGAUGCGCGGCAGAUGGCAAUGAGAUGAUGCGGUUUCAUCCUUCUGUCGCCGCUUCGGCAGCCGCCGGCGCGUCUACAACGCCGGGCUGUUUGUCUGCACGGUAGGUACGAUGAAGGGAGUCCGCACCUUCGCCGGAAGCGGUAGGGCGCAUGCGACCGCCGGCGAUGGACCGGGCCGUCGGGCCAUGCUGGUUUGUCGUGUCAUAGCGGGCCGGGUUAGGGAUGGGCCUGAUUCGAGUUCGGAGGCUGACUCGAUCCGCGUGGGGAAAGGGGAGUUGCUUGUCUUUGACCCGAGGGCCGUACUCCCCUGCUUCCUAAUUAUCUAUAAAAUUUCUCUUUAAUUAAUUAAUACGAUGAUAUUGAAAUA